GGCGGGUUCGCUUCCCGGCGGCGGGGUCGGGCGUGCUCUUUCUCCUCCGUCGCGCACUCCGGCGGUGGCGGCAGCAGUAGCGUUGGCCGCUUCCUUCGUACCCACCCACCGACCCUCUCGGCAGCGGCGCGUCCCCACAGACGCCCUCCUUCCCUCCCUCCCUCCCUCGCCCGGCUCUCUCGCCCGCCUCGCCUCCCCUCGCGGAGGAGCCGCGGCCUGGAGGGCGGACGGAAGCGGGGCCGUCGCGGGUGCGCUGAGGCGCGAGGGCCGGCGGGGCGAUGAACACCGUGCUGACCCGCGCCAACUCGCUCUUCGCCUUCUCGCUGAGCGUGAUGGCGGCGCUGACCUUCGGCUGCUUCAUCACCACCGCCUUCAAGGAGCGCACCGUGCCCGUCAGCAUCGCCGUCUCCCGGGUCAUGCUAAAAAAUGUAGAAGAUUUCACUGGGCCUGGAGAAAGAAGUGACCUUGGAAUCAUUUCUUUUGACAUUACAGCAGAUCUGCAAAGUAUAUUUGACUGGAAUGUGAAACAGUUAUUUCUAUAUUUAUCAGCAGAAUAUUCAACCAAGAACAAUGCUUUGAACCAAGUUGUCCUUUGGGACAAAAUCAUUUUGAGAGGAGAUAAUCCAAAGCUACUAUUGAAAGAUAUGAAAUCAAAAUACUUUUUCUUUGAUGAUGGAAACGGUCUCAAGGGCAACAGAAAUGUCACUUUGACUCUCUCGUGGAAUGUCGUACCGAACGCAGGCAUCCUACCUCUUGUGACCGGAGCAGGGCACAUCUCUGUUCCAUUCCCAGACGCUUACAAAACAGCAAAAAGCUAUUAAGUUAUUAUUCUGAACCUUGAGUAACAUAUUUUUAUACUUGUACAUUAUAAAUUUUAUCACUUUUUCGUCUCCCGCCCACUGCAAUUCAAAGGUACUGUACAUGAUUUCUUUCGGUUUAGCUAAAAGGGAAGGAAAAGAAUUUCUUAGGCUUGUUUUUUAAUUUUAAGUAAAACAAAAGAAUCCGAAAUCUCAAAGAAAGGUAAUCAGUUGUUUAAAUUCAGAGGAAAGAGUUUGUGUUGGGAACCAGGGCGGCAGAAACCCUUUCUUACGAAUAAAUUUUUUGAAACCAGAAAA